GAACAGAUUCUUCCUCUGAGCCCCCAAGGAGGAACCAGUCCUGCUGACACCUUACUUUUGAACUUCUGCCUUCUGAGCUAUGAGAGACUGACUACCUUUUGUUUAUUUUAAGCCUCCCAGUUUGUGGUACUUUGUUAUAUAGUAGCAGCUAUAAGAAAUCAAUAUAUCACAAAAAUUAGUUUUCUAUAUACAUUUUUUCUUUCUCAGGCAUGGCGUAUUGCUUCCAAUCUGAGCAUCCUUGAAAAGCCAGUAGAAAUGAAACGGUAAAGUAAAAUGGAAUGGGUUAAUCAGGACCCUUCAGUCAUUGCUUACUUCCUGCCCAGACUGUCCUCACUAAGAGAGGGAAUUCUGAGCAGAGGGAAGGAAACCUGCUUGGCUCAGCUGGGGAGAGCACCCAGUUAUUUAUAAUCAUUUAUGGUGGCGGAAGGCUGGCAUGUGGUACAAAAUCCCUGCUGCUGGAGGGCCCCCACUGGAGGUCAGUGAACAAUUUCCUGAUGACUGGUCCAAAGGCUUACCUGAUCUACUCCAGCAGCGUGGCAGCUGGCGCUCAGAGUGGUAUUGAAGAAUGCAAAUAUCAGUUUGCCUGGGACCGCUGGAACUGCCCUGAGAGAGCCCUGCAGCUGUCCAGCCAUGGUGGGCUUCGCAGUGCUAAUCGGGAGACAGCAUUUGUACAUGCCAUCAGUUCUGCUGGAGUCAUGUACACCCUAACUAGAAACUGCAGCCUUGGGGAUUUUGAUAACUGUGGCUGUGAUGAUUCCCGCAACGGGCAACUGGGGGGCCAAGGCUGGCUGUGGGGAGGCUGCAGUGACAACGUGGGCUUCGGAGAGGCAAUUUCCAAGCAGUUCGUCGAUGCUCUGGAAACAGGACAGGAUGCACGGGCAGCCAUGAACCUGCACAAUAACGAGGCUGGCCGCAAGGCGGUGAAGGGCACCAUGAAACGCACAUGCAAGUGCCACGGCGUGUCUGGCAGCUGCACCACGCAGACCUGCUGGCUGCAGCUGCCCGAGUUCCGCGAGGUGGGCGCGCACCUGAAGGAAAAAUACCAUGCAGCACUCAAGGUGGACCUGCUGCAGGGUGCUGGCAAUAGUGCGGCGGGCCGCGGCGCCAUCGCCGAUACCUUCCGCUCCAUCUCCACCCGGGAGCUGGUGCACCUGGAGGACUCCCCGGACUACUGCCUGGAGAACAAAACCCUGGGGCUGCUGGGCACAGAAGGCCGAGAGUGCUUGAGGCGCGGACGGGCCCUCGGCCGCUGGGAGCGCCGUAGCUGCCGCCGCCUCUGCGGGGACUGCGGCCUGGCGGUAGAGGAGCGCCGCGCGGAGACAGUGUCCAGCUGCAACUGCAAGUUUCACUGGUGCUGCGCUGUCCGCUGCGAGCAGUGCCGCCGGCGGGUCACCAAGUACUUUUGUAGCCGCGCGGAGCGGCCGCGGGGAGGCGCUGCGCACAAACCCGGGAGAAAACCCUAAGAGACUCCUCUCUUGCCUCCUUUCCCCAUUUGUUCUUGGCUUCUUUUAGAGACCCCAGUAAUAGAGGAACCUAGGGAAUGGGGACCACAGCAUUCCCAAGCCCAGGGACCCUGAGAGUGAGAGAGUCUGCAAUGUCUCCAGAGCUUGCCACUUCCAACCUGUUUUCCCCAAUUUCUCUGCGCUCUGUCUGAAUCUUCCUCACAGCCACACUUAGGUCUGAGAACUCUGUUCUAAGAUUUUGUGCUAUUGACCUUCCUUGGACUGGGAUGAAAAUAGGCGUUCCUCCUCCCACCUCCUAGAUGCCCUAAAGCCUGACCUUAGCCUAUCAAGCCUUAGGAACCGGAAGGACACUUCUCAGACACGAGGGCCUAGAUAAAGCCACGUUCUUCUCCUUUGCCCAUUGUCUGCUACCAGGUCUCACCAUAGCUGCCUCUCUCUUUUGCAGAGCUCCUCUUGUGUUUCUUAUUCCCUGCUAACUGUUGACAUAGACUCCCCAGGAAUCUCUAAUGCUUUCUCUUUCUUCUCCUUUUCCUUUCUUUCCCAGAAGAGAAACUAAGAAAACCAGCCUGGGAAAAAGCAUGUUUUGGGGGUUUGUUCCUAGAAGCAAAGGUUGAAGAUAGGAAGAAGGAACCCUAAAGUGCUGAUUUGCUGAAUACCAAGGGUGCUACUCAUCCUUGUGACACCACAUCACUAAUGGAUUUUACCAGUGGGGCAAUGACCUUCAUAGACAAUCACCCAAUGGACUCCAGACACAUAUCCUGAAGGCCUAGUAACUAUGUAAAGGCAGAUUGCCAGUCAUUUCCUACCCUUUAAAGUUUUACCUUCUCCCUGCUCCUAACCUAUUUCCUCCUAGCAACCAACUUUACCACUUCUCCUUCCCCAAAGGCUCCUUUGUUUCUCUGAGUCAAGACUAAGGUAAAUAAAGCCAAUUUCCCAUUCAGACCCUGGUCUAGAGACAGGUAAUAGGAGGAGAAACUGGGAGCCUUCCUUUUCACUAACUUUGCUCUCAAACAGGCAGGAUUCAGGGCAUUGGAUAUCUUCCUUCAAUGGAUAAACUUCUUGCAAUGAAACUGUUGCUAAUAGGAAGUUCAGCACCUUGAACUUUAAUUUAUUGCAGUUAUUGUGAUAUGUUCCCUUUUUUCCCAGGAACUGAACUUAUUCUUGAGGAUACUGGGAGUUGGGUGGGGUAGAGGAUAUAACCUCUAUGCUCUCUCCUCCCUCCCACCUUGGCAGGAUAUUGUCCUUCCUAGAUCUUUGCUUCUCUGAUGGCCUAAGAUUGACUGAGGCUAAUCUGCCAAGGAUUAGUAAAUCAUCUACAUAAAUCUUCCACUAAUACAUUUGUUUAGUAGCCAAGAACUUGCUGCUUGUGGUGCUUGAAUCCUCUGGUUUUAUUCUCAGAGAGAAGCAGUACAGCAGAGACUUGUUUAUAAAAUAGGGCAAGCUCUUGGGGAGGGAACAGUCAUUUCCUAACAACUCUUUGUAGCCCAAGGAACUUCCCAGCCAGAUCCCUUGCUGUAGGCCAGUCCCAGGUCUGGGCACCGGGCAGCUCUCCUGAAGCAUAACUGGUCAGAUGCUAGACAACCUCAACCUUCCUCUCCCAGAGUAGAAGAAAAGCACCAGAGUUGUGGCUCCAAGUAGAUAACAAAAGCCAAGACUCUAGGGGCUGACCUAUAAGAGGUCUCCCAUAUUCCAAACUCAGGUGGUGGCCAGGUCAGAUCCCAAGCCCCUGGCCUCACCCCUAUAUAUCUUCUGGUCCUACUAACACUUACUGAGAAGUUCUCCUUCUCGACCAGGGGUACACUUCCCUUCGGGGUCUCUGAGUGCUUCAUUUCCAGCUCUACUAGCAAAAGGCCCUUUGCUUCUUCCUUCAGCUUUUAUCUGGGCCUCCUGAAUCUCCCAACUCACCUUCUUCCUUAAUCAAGCAGCAGCAUAUACUAACCUAGCUGUCCCACUUGGCAGAAUUACUUGAUAGUGCACAGGAAGAAAGUCUGGCAAGGCAGCUAGAAAAUAUAAAAGUACAAUGCUGUAAAGCUACAUUCUCCAGGAGGUCUCUCAGCAUAAAUGUAGAAGAACCAUUGUGCUUCAUAUUUGAUAAACUCCAGGUCAGUAUUCUAAACAUGUCAUGUUGCCAGAAAGUUCUUUCAUAGGUUAUUGUUUUAUAUCCCCAAAUGGAUAUGAUUGAUACUAGAUUCAUUUGAGUUCUAUAAAGAAAACGUUACUGAGCUACCUUAGAUCUGUAUUGCUUUUUCAGCCUCUUGCAUUAUCCAUUCAUACAUUUGUUCACUCAGCAAAUACCAGAGUGACAAAGUGGUGAACAACACACCAACAUCCCCACAUUCAUGGAGUUUAGGGUCUCAUCUUAUACUCAAUUGCCAGGGCUGUGUUCACCUUUACAAAGUGGACAACUCCAGAACCGUUGCUUGGGAAGACAACUUUGAGAUAAGCUAGUCAAAUCUUUUGUUUUACAGAUUUAAAUGGAUGCUGAGAAAGAUGACUGGCUUGUUCCACCAACUCCUGAGUUACUGUGGACUGAGUGCUGGAGCACAGGUCCCCUCCCUCCUCUUGUGUGCUCUUCUGGAGCCCAUCUGUCUCAGCCAGAGGAUAGAAGCAGAGGGAGGUCCUGAGAAGUGACAAGGACACUGGUUGGAGUGGGCAAAACACUGAUUCCUUCCUGUCCCUGGCCUGUGAGCAUACACACAGGCAGGGCUUUCUUUUCUUGAAAAGAAUCCCAGCCUCAACUGGCCUUAGCAGCAGGUUAAGGCAAAGACAGAGACAGGGUCAUCCUCGGCGCUGGUGGUGCUGGUGGUAGUGGGAGGGGAGGGCAGGCCAGGGCACUUGCCUAUUGUGGGUCUGGAUUGGAUGCUUCCACUCAUUCAUUUCCUUUUAAUUAACCUGCAUUCCUCGAGGAGAAAUAUUUAUGUUGGCUCCCAUAGAGGCAACCCUCAGACUGGAAAGAAGGGGGAAGAAAGCCUGUCUUAGCAAAACAAUAUCUCUAAAGAGCUCAAGAAGAGAAAAUAGGGGAACAAAAUGCCAUUAAAAUAGCCUUCUACCCCCACUGGAGUCAAUGAAAACUUCAUUUCACAUGCUAAUCCGCCACUCCGCCCCCUUCUCUUCUCACAACACCUUUUCCGAAAGUGUUUGGGAAAAGUCUUCGCAGUCAGUACACAGCUCCCUGCAGCUCAGACUUCUCCUUGUGUUAGUUCAGGGCCCCAAGUGGGGCUCUCGCUCCAGCAGCGGCUUUUUUCUCCCCCCCUUUAAUUUAAACAAAGACUUCGGAGUUCAUCAACCUCCCACUGAAAUUCACAGCUGCUGAACAAACUAAUCCCCUCUCCCGGCCUUUCUUCCCCUCAAUGGGCUCUUGGCUUCAAAGACACUUUGGGAAAGGACUUUGCUGGGGCUCACACUGCUUCAUCAAUAGAAGUUAGUGCAAGUAUUAUCUGAAGAGCAAGUGGCUUUACAAACAAAUACUGCCUAACAAUCCCUCCCUCCCAAACACACACAUCUAGCCUGCAGACAUGAUGGGAUCUACAACAGGAUUAGGGCUAGUGCCCUCUGGCUUCACACCCAGUCCCUUUGUGCAGCUGAGCUCAGCCCUGAAGUGGUGUGGGGAAAACCCUGGAGCUGAAUGUCAGGCACGGAUGAAGAUACACACACACACACUCAGCAGAGUGGCCACAAAUGCUGCAGGGAGAGCCUUGCAGCCUAAUUCAGUGGAAGUGGACACCUUCCUUUCUUUAACUCUCUUGACUUCUUAUCUCUCCUCAAGCUUCUCCCC